GGCGACGUAGCGCGAUGGGAAGUCGACUCCGGGAGCGAGCACUGGCGGAAGCUACUUAGGAAGCGCGGUCCCCGAGAGUGUGCGGGUCACAGACUGGCAGCGACGGAGGAAAAAGGCUUUGGCCAGAAAGAGAGCCCGGAGACUUCUGGGACAUGGAGUCUCGUUGGGCUGGGAAGCGUGUGCGCAUGACCGAAAGUGACGCUAUUUAGGCGCGUCCCCUGUGGCGCCGGAGCAGUACCUGGCGUGUGGCAGCCCCUGGGGUCGCGGUUUCUCCGCUCGCGCCGGCACCGGCGCCGGGUGGCACCCGCCGGUAGCCGGCGGUGGCUUUUCACGCCGUGCUCUGGUCGAGACCGAGCUGUCGGCUGCGCCUGGGACUCCCUGGCCGCGACCUGGCUGUGCCUGGGAGACUGCGAGCGACCCGGCCGGACAGGCCCCACCGGAGCUGCCAGCACCGCGGGCUCAGACCGGCCUCUGCGGGGAGAGGCCGCGGAGAAGAGGAGUCCGCGGGCAGAGCAGGCCUGCAGAGCGGGGCUGGGCUGCCGUGAAGCCACGCUGACGCCCGGGGAACUGCUGGAAGGCGGGGUCCCGUACUGAGACCACGGGGCUGGAGGAAGGUGAGAACAAUGAGACCUAGAGCGGUUCCGUGAUUCGCACGCUGCUGGUAAGUGCUGGAUCUGGGGUCCCUGAGGGCCUACUGUCCUCUGGCGCCUCCUGUGUCUGACUGCACUGGCGGGAGUUCCCAGAAGCACCUUCUCCGGGCCCUACCACCACUUCCCAAGGGGAAGGCACAGGACAGGAAGGAAUGGUGGCUGCUGUCCUCCGAGGUGGGCCACAGAGACCCGCGCCCUUCGGCGAUGUGACGGUAGCUCUCACCCACAAAGAGCGGGGGCGCCCGGUCCCUGCUCCAGGGCCCGGGUCCCAGGAGGAGACGCCAGAACAGUCCAGGAACUCGGUCCUGCUGGGACUUCCAGCUUCCCAGCCUGGCAUGAACUCCCAGUUAGAGCAAAGGGAAAGCCCGUGGAUGCUGCGGGGAGAAGGCCCAAGGAGCUCCUGUCCAGACUGGAAGACGGUGUCUGAACCACUGCCAGAGCAGAAUGUUUGUGACGAAGCAUCCCAAGACACACGGGCAGAGUUGCCCGCCGGGGAGCCCCACCUUAGGACCUGUGAACUGGGGAGGAGCCUCAGCCCGAGACCAGUCCUUUCCCCACAGCACCGAGUUCCCACGGAAGGGAGGCCCCAUAAACGUGCAGCACGCACAAAGAGCUUCGGAAAGAACUCAGACGUAAUCAGAUCUCACGGAGCGAAACCGUACACGUGUGACGAGUGUGGCAAAGCCUUCAGUUACUGCUCUUCCCUCUCGCAGCACCAGAAGAGCCACACAGGGGAGAAGCCGUACGAGUGCAGUGCAUGCGGGAAGGCCUUCAGCCAGAGCUCCUCGCUCAUCCAGCACCAGAGGAUCCACACCGGGGAGAAGCCCUACAAGUGCAGCGAGUGCGGAAGGGCCUUCAGCCAGAACGCGAACCUCACCAAGCACCAGCGAACGCACACCGGCGAGAAGCCCUACACAUGCGCGGAGUGCGGGAAGGCCUUCAGCGACUGCUCGGCCCUCGUGCAGCACCAGAGGAUCCACACCGGGGAGAAGCCCUACGAGUGCGGCGACUGCGGGAAGGCCUUCCGCCACAGCGCCAACCUCACCAACCACCAGCGGACCCACACAGGGGAGAAGCCCUACCAGUGCAGCGAGUGCGGCAAGGCCUUCAGUUACUGCGCCGCGUUCAUCCAGCACCAGCGGAUCCACACGGGCGAGAAGCCCUACAAGUGCGGCGCGUGCGGGAAGGCCUUCAGCCAGAGCGCAAACCUCACCAACCACCAGAGGACUCACACCGGGGAGAAGCCCUACCAGUGCGGCGAGUGCGGGAAGGCCUUCAGCCAAAGUACAAACCUUAUAAUCCACCAGAAGACCCACACUGGGGAGAAGCCGUAUAAAUGUAACGAAUGCGGGAAACUCUUCAGCGAGAGCUCAGCCCUCAUCCGGCAUCACAUCAUUCACACGGGGGAAAAACCCUACGAGUGCGGCGAGUGCGGCAGAGCGUUCAACCAGAGCUCGUCCCUCAGCCAGCACCAGAGGAUUCACACGGGCGUGAAGCCCUACGAGUGCAGGGAGUGCGGGAAAGCCUUCAGAUGCAGCUCUGCCUUCAUCCGGCACCAGCGCCUCCAUGCGGGGGAGUAACCGGAGCAGGGCCAGCAUGGACAGGGACCAGACGGGGUUUGGAAACCUUGGGUUUUCAAUGUGUAUCAGAGCCACAUGCUUCUGUACCUUUGAGUCACUAUUUUAUAGGGAAGGUCUCAGCUUUUCUCAGCACCUCCUGUAAGCUUAAACAAUCCACGUCAAACUCCUAGUUACCAGCUCAGUGGGCCAAAGUGCUUUUCACGUUAGCAAGCACCCCAGAACCCUGGGCUCUCCCCUUGAGGACUGCUGUUGCAGGAGAACGAAUACUGGCCAGGGAGGAGUGCUUCUCUAUUAUGGGGUCAGGAUCUGACCUGGGGGAGUGAAUUCAAGUGAGAAAGGGAUCCUAGAGCCAACAAUCACUGAGCACUAAAAUCUCACUGGGGGUGGCGGGCAAGGGAAAACCUACACAGCUGCUUACAUCUCUCCACAAGGCCCUCCCUUUCUGUGGAGACCCUCGCAGGGAGGGACAACUGAUGCCAGUCCUGUGCUGUCCCUGGGCCAGAGGCAGGCGGGUCAUCUUCACUUCUUCCCCCUCACUG